CACGUGAACGGCUAUGAUAGUGAAUAGUGAUAACGACCCUUAAAUUAUCUUAUGGAUUGAUCUUCUGACGUGCCUGUACUACAUAUGUUUCCUCCACCUUAGCAGCUAAGUUAAAGUCGCUAUAUUAGCUGAUCUACUCACCUCUCUUCAUUUUUAGUCAUCAAAUUCUCUCUCUAUCAACCAAGAAAAAAUCAAGAACCAGCAUCUCUGACACCAAAUGAGUUACCAGCAUGUUCACGAAGGUCCCUACCCUCCACCAGGGUAUGGACCACCACCACCUCAACCACAAGGAUACCCGCCACCGGGGAUGCCACCACCACCAGGGUUUUACGGUGGAGGCGGCUAUCCUCCUCCUCCACCACCUCCUGGAGGCAGUUAUCAAGGCUACUUUAAUGAUCAAUACCCUCCACCACCACCUCAGCACAUCUACCACGACCAGGGUGGUGGCUAUUAUCAUGGUGAUGACAAUGGCUGUUCUUCAUUCCUAAGAGGGUGUUUGGCUACUCUGUGUUGCUGCUGUCUCUUGGAGGAGUGCUGUAGAUGCUUCUAGUUGGCUGGUUGCCUGCUACCAAAUACUAUUGGUUUUUCAAAUUGCUACUGAUUGUGGAUUUCUUAAAAAUGUCAGCAGACUCCUCCCUUAAGACUUUUAUAUUACAUAUGCAAGAACAACUUGUACUGCAACACUUCUAUUAUUAGUUAUUUUGUCCAGUAGUUAUCUGAAGAAUGCAUCCCUAGCUCUUUGGCAAAAGUAACAACUUUUGGCUUCUGUAUUUCGAGCUCUCUUAAGAUGUAAUCUUCUUAUUACAAUAUCAAAACUAUUUAAGUUAAACAGUAUUCGAAUGAUUUAUUUUGUA